AUGGUGCUGAACGAAACAUCAUCCCAAACCGAUGGCUUCAAUGGCUCAGGAAUUGACUCUGGGGAUAGCUACUCUAUUUCGCAAAACUCUGUUUCCUCUCUCCGACAAUUCUCCUCUCGAAUUGAGAUUCCUCCUUACGGACCGGGGAAACAAUUGUUAUAUCUACGGCCACAACCCGCAUAUGAGGAAUAUAUGGCUUCUCAGAUCAAGCAGCAUAUUGAGAUUGGGAUGGCUUUUGUGAACAGACCUCUUACGCAACAGGAAACUGACUCUUUUGUUGACCAAGCUGUAUCAUUAUCCAUAAAGCCUCGUGUUGGGGCGUACCUUGGCACUUUCGUGGGGUUCCUUAUAGUAGCAAAGCCUUUCUUCAAGAACGGUCGUCUCAUCCCUGUAUCACAAAUGAUAGGUUUGGUGAAUAUGUCAUUAAUAAUGCGAACGUUGCUUUGGCCGUGCUGUAUUGUUGCUGGAAGUACAUCCGGAAAGGUUGGCGCGGCGUCUCUAGCAGUGUUAGACCUGAAAACGGAUCCCAGGUUAGCCCAAUACCGGAAAGACCGCGCAAUUCAGGAUCCACAGAAGGUUCAAAAGAAUCUGGAGAAGUUUAGAUGGAAGGAUCGCCGUGUUCAGCCAAUUUCACUUCCACAUUCCUCACAAACAGUGCAAGGUCAGGAUGAUGAUAGUUUGACGGAAAAUUUCGAAUCAACUGGUUAUACAGACUCCCAAUCUUCGUCCACCCAAUAUGCAUCUUCGAAUGAAAGCAAUAGAAUCUACUCUCAAGGAGAUUCGCAGAUCUCGGAACAGCCAAAUUCUCGGCAAUGGGACUCUCUACAACAGCAGCAGCAACCAAGUCGUUCGGGCAUAUAUCGAGAAGGCAGUCAGACGGAGAGCGGGAUGCAGUCUACUAAUAGAAACGAUACCGAAGAUGUUUUUGACCUGAACUCGAGUUCAACGCCAACAACAACCAGUUCAACCACUAGCUCGCAACCCUCUGGCAGCGCAUGGGAUCGACUUCGCACUUCAUCAAACACCUCUACGGCCGCAUCCAAUAACAGAAAAGGUUCCACGUUCAAUUCGCCACCGACAAACGACCAGGACAUAUCCUCAGAUAUACCCUCUGAGCCUUCCGGGAGCGCAUGGGACCGAAUACGUUCGUCAUCCAUGUUUCCCUCCUCAAGCCCGUUCCAGACGCAAUCAGAGCAAUGGCCUCAAAAUCGGAAAGAUAACUAUGCUGAGUCUACACAACAGCAAAAGGACAAGGCUCAGCACGAGUUUGAUCUUUUGCUUGAGAAGGAGAGACAAACUGCUGGGGACGGUGAUGGUUAUAAUAAACAAAGCGGUAUUUGGGGCGGAGGAUCAUAG